GCCUCGGAGGAGCUUCUGAAAGAGCACUACAUCGCCCUUCGUGACCGUCCCUUCUACAGCCGUCUGGUGAAGUACAUGAGCUCUGGGCCUGUGGUGGCCAUGGUCUGGCAGGGCCUGGAUGUGGUCAAGACAGUUCGCACCAUGAUUGGAGAGACGAACCCAGCUGAAUCCAGGCCUGGCACUAUCCGAGGAGACUUCUGCAUUGAAGUCAGCAAGAAUGUGAUCCAUGGCAGCGACUCGGUUGAGAGCGCCCGGCAGGAGAUCUCCCUCUGGUUCCGCCCGGAGGAGCUGACUUGCUGGGAGGACACGGCCGAGCACUGGACCUACGCGUGA